AUGAGUCACCGAAGAAAUCAGAGGAAUGAGGUAGAAGAAGAGGCUGUUGACAUUAAAGCGGUAUUUGGGGGAAGAUUUUGCGAGUGGGUCGCCGGAAAAAUCAAACGCUUCAACUACAGGAACGGUUGGAGGAGCAGCGAGGUACAAGAGGAAGCUCUGGACAUUACACGGGUAUUUGGAGAAGCACAAAAUUCUCCAGAAGAUUAUCUUGAAGCUCACAACACAGCACGUGCAAAAGUUAAGGUUAAACCACUAAAAUGGGACUGGAGACUAGAAUCAUAUGCAUACCUACACCUGAGUCAGAAAACUGAACAUUGCAUACCGAUUCAAUCGGAUGGUCCUUAUGGUGAGAACACAGAGAGUGGUGUUACAGCAACGGGAGCAUUCAGAAAGCUUACUGGAGCACAAGCUGUGGGCGUAUGGGUGGCACAGAAACAAUACUAUGACGAAAAAUCCAACUCAUGCAUUGGCGGUUACUGUCGUCACUAUAUGCAGGUUGUUUGGCGUGACACUACUCAUAUAGGUUGCGCUAGGGUCCAAUGCGAAGUUGGAGCCUACAUGGUUUCCUGUAACUAUAGCCCUCCAGGAAAUUUGCUUGAUCAACGACCCUACUAA